CCCACCUCCUCCAGCACCACAGCGCGACCAGGUCGUUCCACCCACGCCUCGCCACCAUGUCCAACAAUCGUCCACCGAGCGCUCGCUCCGCCUCGUCCACCCCGCCCGAGCCCUUCCUCCUCUCGAUCCUCCACCACCUCCUCUCGCCCUUCCCCUCGCCGCUCCCGCCGGCGCUCCUCAGUCAGACGUCCCGCCAGGCCAUCCACUACCUCUCGAUCUCGGCAGACGACGAGGUCUACUGGACCUGCGGCCGCAAAGACGACCAGGUCGCCCUUCGCCGCCAAGAGCUCGUCGAAGCCGGUAACCUCGACGACCUCGUCCUGUCGCACCCUCGGUUCGCCUUCGACCUCGACGAGACCAAGGCCCUCAUCUCGCUCUCGCUCCCGCACUCGGCCUCGUCUCGGUCCCUCGGCGUCGUCCUCGUGUGGGAGGACAGCACGUCGCCCUUGGCCGCCGCGACGGGCGGCGUGACCGCCGGCCUCGAGCGCAAGCCCGACGAGGACGACAUCCGGCCUGGGUGGACCUUCCUCGAGCUCCAGCAGGUCGACGACGCGGCCCUCGAGACGUCGCAGCGCCACUGGCACCCGUCGCUCGCCGAGGCCGUCGAGACGACGACGUCGAGCCUCGUCGACAAGGCGGCACCCGGCCGCGCCGACUCGUCGCCCUCGGCGGCGGCGCGGGACGAGGAGAACCGUGCGCGGUUCGCCGAGGCCGCGGGCGCGAGCGACUGCGAGGGCACCACCCCGGGCGGCAUCGGCUCCGCCAACGACUUCUGGUCCGGGUGGAGCGAUGACGAGGGCGACUCGGCGGGCAAGGUCGUCUUGAACGGCGGCGGCGGCGGCGGCGGAGGGGCGCACGGCGAGGACGACGCCGACGAUGACUAUUGGAGCUCGUACGGCGCUGUCGACAGCCAGGUCGGUAGCGAGGCGGCCGACGACGAGGACGACGAGCGCGGCCGAGUCGAGGAGCGAGCAGGGUCGAGCCUCGGCGCCGGCGCUCGCGCGCACCGCUCCGCGACCAUCACGCCUGCGACGGCCGGCUUGGCGGCGGCCAGCCUGCCGUCCUCGCCGUCGACCGAGCAGCAGGAGCAGCAGCUGUCGUCCUCGAGCGCCGAGCUGCCCAGCUCGCCCGCUCACCGCGACCUUCCUCCCCCUCCGCCGGCGGCCGACACCGCCCACUCGUCCCCCUUCUCGGUGUCUCAGUACUUGAGCACGCCUUCACCCCGUACCCUCGCCUACCCGUCCUCGCCGAGCACGCUCCGCCCUUCCACGCCGCCGCCUCGCGCCCCGUCGCACGAGCGCUCGCGCCCAGCCGCCGCCGCCGCCGCCGCCGCACCCGUCAAGAGUCCUCAGCGCCCGUCGCACACGCGCAAACCCUCGGACGUCACCAAGGCGCUGCCCUCCUUCCCGGCGUUCCCGGUCCUGCCUCGCACCAAGAGCAACUCGACGCUCACGCCGGGCAUGAUGUACCCCGGGUCGGCGCCGACCUCGCCCAAGGUCGGUAACGGUCGUCCUGCACCACCGGCGGCGUCGACGACCGACAAGUCGCUGCCGCCUGCGCCCUCGCCCGCACCGUCGGCGCAACAGCUCUACGUCCACCACCGCCCCGAGACGUUCGCGCCGCAGUACGCGCACCUCAUCCCUGUCGGGCGCGACGCGACGGCCCGCAUCGCCGGCGCGCACGAGGUGCAGCAGCCGAGCUCGGCGCCGCAAGGGUCGCUCACGGCGCCGCUCCCGCCGUCGGCCAAGUUCCCCGAGUCGCCCUCGUCCUCUUCAGCCGCAUCGUUCGUCACCGGCGCCUCGCCGAUGCAGCAUGCUCCCGAGUACGAGCACGGGCAGGCCCAGCCGAGCUUCCUCGCCGAGCCCCACGACGACGACGCCGACGACGCCGAGGAGCGCGUGCGGCUCGACCGGCUCGCGAGCGUCGGCUCGCUCGACGGCGGCCUCAGCAUCGCGAGCACGUCGCUCACGAGCAUGCUCCUCGGGCGCCGGUUCUCGACCUCGACCGGGCUCGAGGGCUACGGCGAGCAGGGCGAGGAGGGCAGCGCCAGCGCCGCAGGGACCGCGCGCCACUUUCCGCUGCCGCCGUCGCACAGCGGCGCGAGCGCGAGCGGCGACGAGCACGAGGGCGCGGCGACGGGCUCGCUCGGCGGCAGCAGGAGCGGCGAGGCCGAGAGCCUGCGCUUCGCCAUGGCGGGCCUGUGGGGCCUGUUCGCCAGCGGCGCGAGGACGCCCGCCGAGCGGGCCGAGCGGCACAGGGUGUGGGAGCGGGUCGCGGCCGAGGUGCCGAGGAGCUGA